AUGAAGGUUGAAAAGGUACUUCGAAGUCUCACUUCUCAAUAUGAUAUAAUAGUAGUAAUAAUUGAUGAAACCAAAUAUCUGAAGACAAUGAAGAUGGAGGAUCUGCAUGGAUCUCUGGAAGCCAGAGAAUUGAGACUGAAUCAAAGAGAGACAUAUAAAGAUUCUGAACAGACCCUGAUUGCUCAUUCAAGAAAGGGAGGUUUUGAUGACAUGAAGAGAAGGUAUUCAGACCUUGUCAUGUUGAUGAUAACUACCUCUAAAGGGGCUCUAGCCUCUGCUGUUUGGUACUUAGACUCUGGUUGUUAUAACCACAUGAUUGGAAACAAGGGGUGGCUGAUUAACAUUAACUCAAAUAAGAAGACAAGUGUGAAGCUGGCAGAUAGCAUAAGCUUAAUGGCAGAAGGCAUGGGAAAGAUUGUCAUAUAA